AUGCAGUUCCCCCUACUUUUCCUUGCGGCGUUGGCCCCCUUGGCUAGCGCUCAGGCUUCCGGCUCAGGUCGGACAACACGGUACUGGGACUGCUGCAAGCCAUCCUGCGGUUGGGGCUUGAAGACCAACAGCGGAAAGUACAUUGGAACAUGCGACAAGUCGGACAAUCCAAUAUCCUCGUCUGAUACCAAGAGCGGCUGCGACAAUGGAGGCGGCGCCUACAUGUGCUCCAAUCAAAGCCCCUGGGCCGUCAAUGAGACCGUUGCAUACGGUUGGGCUGCUGUCAAACUUGCUGGCAGCAACGAACAGACUUGGUGCUGUGCGUGUUACGAGCUGACGUUCACGAGCGGAGAGGUUCAGGGGAAGAAGAUGAUCGUCCAGGCCAGCAACACGGGUGGUGACCUGGGUCAGAACCACUUUGAUCUUGCCAUGCCCGGCGGGGGCGUGGGUCUCUUUAACGCCUGCACAAACCAGUAUGGCGCUCCUCCCCAGGGCUGGGGCAAGCAGUACGGCGGUAUCUCGUCUCGAUCCGAAUGCGAUUCGUUCCCGGCCAAGCUCAAGGAAGGCUGCUACUGGCGCUUUGACUGGUUCAAGGGCGCGGACAACCCCGACGUCACCUUCAAGCAGGUCGCCUGCCCGGCAGCCCUCACGGCCAAGAGCGGGUGCGUCAGGAACAAGGAUUCGAUCGAUGAGACACCCACGGGUCCCAGUAGUGUCAGCACCUGGACACCAUCAGCGACAGCUGCGUAG